AUGGCGAGCAAGCAACCUUUCAAGACGACUUUCGAGCCGGAACGAGUUAUCCGACCUAUAUUUACCGGCGGCUCCGUCGCUUUGGAUAAUGGUGCCAAGAUUUUGGCCACGCCGCUCGGCGAGGACGCCAUUCUGACGAACCCCUCCAACGGGAAGCACCUGGCAAAGAUUGAAGGAGAUGGCGAACAAAUUUCGACCCUGAGCCUGACGCCCUCCGGCUCCCAUCUCAUCCUCUGCUCGCGAUCCCUCUCGAUGAAGAUAUACGCCUUGAAGACGACCGAAGACGGAACGAUUGAGGCCAAGCUGACACGCUCGCUAAAGCCUCACGGAACCCCCGUCGUCGUCCUCGCUGUUGACCGAACGAGCACCCUCCUUGCGACCGGUGGAACGGACGGAGCGAUUAAGGUCUGGGAUAUUGCUGGUGGUUACGUUACGCACACUUUUCGUGGACCCAGCGUUUUGGUGUCGGCCCUACACUUCUUCGAGGUUGCGGCGCGAUCGGGCGAGGGAGAGGCUGAGAAGGCCGGAAAGAAGGGCAAGAAGUCGAAACAGGCAGAAGAGGAGGUCACCGCUACCACCAACUGGCGACUCGUGUCGGGCAGCCAGGACGGCAAAGUGCGGGUGUGGGAUCUUCACAAGCGUGCGGUCAUUGCGAAUCUUGACUCGCAUGUUUCGAAUGUUCAGGGUCUCGAUUACUCCCCGGAGCAGCACGCGAUUGUAUCGGCAAGCAGAGACAAGACAAUCAUCUGGUGGGACGCAAAGUCGUGGAAGAUUCGCAAGGUCGUGCCCUGCCUUGAGCUUGUCGAGACCGUCGGCUUCGUUGACAGCGGCCGUCUGACCUACUCGGCCGGCGCCAAGGGUUGCCUUCGCAUCUGGGACACCGACACCGGCCGCGAGCUGACGGCAGACCAGCCUGCAAAGGCCGAGGCCGAGAGCAUCGUCAGUGCCGUGUCGCAUCCCGAGCUCCCCUUCAUUCUGUGCGUGCAGGUGGACCACACUUUGGCGUUGUACAAGGUGCCAGAGAAGGACGCUGUCCAAGGGUCCAUGUUGGAGCCUUUCAGGCGGAUAUCCGGUACACACGACUCGAUUAUUGACCUAAACUACCUCCUGCCUGACCGCUCGCUCCUCGCGCUGGCGACCAAUGCCGAGGACAUCCGGAUUGUGUCCGUCAAGGACUCCGAGUCAACAUACUUUGGCCAGGACUUGGCUUUGCUCAAGGGCCACGACGACAUUAUCGUUUCGUUGGACGUUGACUGGUCCGGCUUCUGGGUUGCUACCGGUGCAAAGGACAACACCGCCCGCCUUUGGCGCGUCGAUCCUGCGAAUAACUCUUUUACAUGCUAUGCUGCGUUCACCGGUCAUACGGAAUCGGUCGGUGCCGUGGCUCUCCCGAAGCAGCCCCCCCAAGAAUCCUCGGCACAGUUCAAGGAUCCUUUGAGCCAUCCCCCGCCUUUUCUUCUCACCGGCUCCCAGGACCAGACCGUCAAGAAAUGGGAGAUUCCGAGAGAGGCGCAGGGCCGCAAGGGAGGAUCUCGCGCCGUCUUUACCAGAAAAGCGCACGACAAGGACAUCAACGCAAUGGACGUUCAUCCUACCAUUCAGCUCUUCGCCUCCUCUUCUCAGGACAAGAUGGUCAAGAUUUGGUCAGUGGCGGAGGGCGAAGUUCAAGGUAUCUUACGCGGUCACCGCAGAGGUGUGUGGUCGGUCAAGUUCGCGCCCUCCGGCUGCCCUGCAAUCCAAGGCGACGAGGGCCAGGUCGCCGGCAAGGGUGUUGUCCUCACUGGCAGCGCCGACAAGACAGUCAAGAUUUGGAGUCUGAAUGACUACACAUGCAUCCGCACGUUCGAGGGCCACUCCAACAGCGUCCUCAAAGUCGUCUGGCUCAACAUGCCCAAGCCUGAGGGCAAGGGUAAGAAGCAGGUGCAGUUCGCCAGCGCGGGUAGUGACGGCCUCGUCAAGGUUUGGGAUGCCAACUCUGGCGAGGCAGAAACGACGCUCGACAACCAUGAGGACAGAAUCUGGGCGCUUGCUGUGAACUCGGCCGACAACACCAUCGUGUCUGGUGACGGCGACGCGAUCGUUACGUUCUGGAAAGACACCACAUCCGAAUCACAGGCCGCGGCUACCGAGGCUGCGCAGAAGUUGAUCGAGCAAGAGCAGGAACUCGAGAACCACAUUCACCACGGCUCCUACCGCGAAGCCAUCGUGCUUGCUCUGCAGCUCAACCAUCCCGGACGCCUGCUGAGCCUGUUCACGUCCGUUGUAACUUCUACUCCCGAGCUCGGCAGCCUGUGCGGUCUGAAGGCUGUCGACCAGGUCCUAGCGACUCUUUCUGAUGAACAGAUCUUCACGCUCCUGUUGAGGCUACGUGACUGGAAUACCAACGCGCGGACGGCCGCGGUAGCCCAGCGCAUCCUCUGGACCCUCGUGCGCAGCUACCCCGCGUCCAAGUUCUCGAACCUCUCGGUCAAGGGCGCGCGUGGUCAGAAGAGCCUCAAGGAGGUGCUUAACGCGCUCAAGGUAUAUACUGAGAGACACUACCGGCGGACGGACGAGCUCGUGGAUGAGAGUUAUCUGGUGGAAUAUACCCUGCGGGAGAUGGACAGUCUCGCGCCUGCGAUUGAGGAUGUAGUGAUGGGGGAUUCUGUGGGGGUUCAAGGGGAUGUCGUCAUGGCGUGA